ACCCGGGUUUGGCUGGCGGGCCCCUAGGAAUGCUCUCCUCCCCGCCCCCGUCCCAAAGUGCCACGGUGGCGGUGGUGGUGGCCGCGAGGCCGAGUGUCUCCGGCCCUGCCAGCCUCGCAACCGUAACCUGUAAUCCCGAUCCGAGGGACGCCCGCCGGGGAGGCGCCAGCCCGCCUCUCCCUGCGGCCGCUGGAAGGCUCCGACCUCGAAUCACCCGGCUCACCCGCGGGUCGCUGCACCUGCCGGAUGUGGGGAGGAAGGAGGCCAGAUGAGAGAAGGCGGAUGUAGGCGCCCAGUCUGUCCGCGCCUCGGUGGGGCAGCUGGGUGGGCAAGCCUGCGGUCGCUCCCGGGAACCAGCCCUGGGCUGCGGGGAGACGAAGGUGGUUGGUUCUGCCCUCCAGGAGCGCCCCGACAUAGACGUAAAAUGACUUGGCACCAGAGCUCCUGCCGCCUCCGCCUUAUGCAGCUGCCCUCGCCGACGCCAGGGACUGUAAAGUCAGAUGGGACAGGGCCUAGCCGUUCAGCCAACACUUUGAGCUUCCCAGCCAAACUCCUACCCCCACUCCCCUCCUCCAGUCCUCACCCCUUUCCUCUCUCCCAGCCUCUGUGUCUGGUUACGGCUCCUCUGCUCGCAUUGUGACUUUGGGCCAGGCUGGGGGAAAUGACCCGGGAGGGUCCCAUGCGACUACAUAAAAUUGGCAGCCUCAGAACUAGUGGGAAGGCGGGUGCGCGAAGUCGAGGGGCGGAGAGAGGGGGGCGGAGGAGCUGCUUUCUGAAUCCAAGUCCGUGGGCUCUCGCAGAAGUCCUCAGGACGGAGCAGAGGCGGCUGGCGGGCCCGGCUGACUGCGCCUCUGCUUUCUUUCCAUAACCUUUUCUUUCGGACUCGAAUCACGGCUGCUGCGAAGGGUCUAGUUCCGGACACUAGGGUUCCCGAACGCGCUGAUGCCCCGAGUGCUCGCAGGGCUUCCCGCUAACCAUGCCGCCGCCGCCCGCAGCUGCCUUGGCGCUGCCUGUGCUCCUGCUACUGCUGGUGGUGCUGACGCCGCCCCCGACCGGCGCAAGGCCAUCCCCAGGCCCAGAUUACCUGCGGCGCGGCUGGCUGCGGCUGCUAGCGGAGGGCGAGGGCUGCGCUCCCUGCCGGCCAGAAGAGUGCGCCGCGCCGCGGGGCUGCCUGGCGGGCUGGGUGCGCGACGCGUGCGGCUGCUGCUGGGAAUGCGCCAACCUCGAGGGCCAGCUCUGCGACCUGGACCCCAGUGCUCACUUCUACGGGCACUGCGGCGAGCAGCUUGAGUGCCGGCUGGACACAGGCGGCGACCUGAGCCGCGGAGAGGUGCCGGAACCUCUGUGUGCCUGUCGCUCGCAGAGCCCGCUCUGCGGGUCCGACGGUCACACCUACGCCCAGAUCUGCCGUCUGCAGGAGGCGGCCCGCGCUCGGCCUGAUGCCAACCUCACUGUGGCACACCCGGGGCCCUGCGAAUCGGGGCCCCAGAUCGUGUCACAUCCAUAUGACACUUGGAAUGUGACAGGGCAGGAUGUGAUCUUUGGCUGUGAGGUGUUUGCCUACCCCAUGGCCUCCAUCGAGUGGAGGAAGGAUGGCUUGGACAUCCAGCUGCCAGGGGAUGACCCCCACAUCUCCGUGCAGUUUAGGGGUGGACCCCAGAGGUUUGAGGUGACUGGCUGGCUGCAGAUCCAGGCUGUGCGUCCCAGUGAUGAGGGCACUUACCGCUGCCUUGCCCGCAAUGCCCUGGGUCAAGUGGAGGCCCCUGCUAGCUUGACAGUGCUCACACCUGACCAGCUGAACUCUACAGGUAUCCCCCAGCUGCGAUCACUAAACCUGGUUCCUGAGGAGGAGGCUGAGAGUGAAGAGAGUGACGAUUACUACUAGGUCCAGAGCUCUGGCCCAUGGGGGUGGGUGAGCGGCUAUAGUGUUCAUCCCUGCUCUUGAAAAGACCUGGAACAGGGAGCAGGGUCCCUUCACGGACUGCUUUCAUGCUGUCAGUAGGGAUGAUCAUGGGAGGCCUAUUUGACUCCAAGGUAGCAGUGUGGUAGGGGAAAGACAAAAGCUGGAGGAGGGUGGGGAGAGAGGCUGAGACCAGGACCGGUGGGGUACAAAGGGGCCCAUGCAGGAGAUGCCCUGGCCAGUAGGACCUCCAACAGGUUGUUUCCCAGGCUGGGGUGGGGGCCGGAGCAGACACAGAGGUGCAGGCACCAGGAUUCUCCACUUCUUCCAGCCCUGCUGGGCCACGCUUCUAACUGCCUUUCCUCCCAGGCCCUGGUCCUUGCUAUUUCCUGCUCCCCAACGUUUAUCUAGCUUGUAUGCCCUUUCCCCAAACUCAUCUUCCAGAACUUUUCCCUCUCUCCUAAGCCCCAGUUGCACCUACUAACUGCAGUCCCCUUUGCUGUCUGCCAUCUUUUGUACAAGAGAGAGCACAGCGGAGCAUGACUUAGUUCAGUGCAGAGAGAUGGGUGAGGCCAGCUCCAGAUCUUAUACCACUCUGUAUUGGACAAAGCCUAGCACAGGGCUAGGCACCAAUAAAGAUUUCUAAUGAUGCACA